AUGAAAUUCUAUAUAGCAUUCUUUGCGUUCGUGUUUUCUUCUAUCGUAAUUGUUCAAUCAUAUGCGAUCCUACGAGAAGAUCCUGUUUCUGAUGGAUGCAUAAGAAUUCAUAAUAAAUUUGUUUCAAAAAAGUCAAAUAAAUUUAGUUAUGAAGAUGUUAAAGAUUGUUACGAAAGAAUUCCGUUCGAUGACCUAAUUGCUUCUAAGACCAUCGAAACAUUAACCAGGUUACUCGAUGGGUUUUAUCCAUUUUUGGAUAAAGCAAAAGAACCACCACAAUCCGGAUUUAGCUUUAAGUCAAAGGAUAUAUUAGCUGAAUUGAAACUUUUGCAGAAAAAAUCUUUUCAAAAUUUAUACGACUUUAUAAUUAAUGUUAAAUAUUUCUUUUAUGAUAUGAAAGAACCACAUACAUUAUUUAUAACAGAUUGCUUUUCUACAUUUGCUUUUAUUACAAAUAUUACGUUAUAUUCAAUUGUUAAAGACGAUGUCUUUGAUGAUACCAUUGAUCCAUCUAAUAUUGAUUGCGAAGUAACUCAUAUAAAUGGUCAUCAAGCAUUUGAAGUGAUUUAUAAAUUUGCCCAAGAUUCAGUUUAUUUAUCAAGAGAUAUUGGAGUACGAUUUAAUACAGCCCUUGAUCAUAAACAUUCAGGAUAUUCUUUUUCUGUACGAGCUGAAUUACCAGAGACACCAAAUAUCGUUUAUACACUUAAAUGUUAUAAACAUACUAGGAGCUUUAAUGUUACAAGAAAUUGGGUUGCAUUUAGUACUCCUUCACUUUUAAAAAGGUUCAAUAAUUCAAGAACUUAUUUUACAAAUAUUUGUAAUGCUACGGAAGAAAAUAAACCAACAUCUUAUAGUAGCGGGCUUCAAGAUAUUAAAAUAUCAUCCAAUAGUAUUCAUCGUAUAAUGACAAUACAACCUGAGGGAUUAACUAUUAUAAAAAUUAUUGAAGAUUUUAUGGAAUUUUAUAAAAUAAAAGACUUUGGAGUUGUUCGAAUCCUUACAAUGCAAUAUCCUGAAAUGUAUGAUGAAAAUGAUAAUUUUAAUUCCGCAUUUUUCACAAAUAUAAUUCAAGGAUUUAAAGAUUUAACAAAUACAGGUGUUAAAAAGGUUGUUCUUGACUUAACGGACAAUCUAGGUGGAUACGAUUUAAUUAGUGCUUUUAUCAGUUUACUUUUAUUCUCUAACACAUAUCCUUCUUUUGAAUUUGAUUUUCGAAUUACUGAGCCAAUGAAACUCGCAAUCACUGAACAAUUUAAACUUGCAAUACCAGAAAAUGUUUUUGAUAUGGCUGAUUAUGCUGAUGCAAAAACUUAUAUUAAUUUUACAAGCGCAAAUGAUCUUUUUGGAAAUAAUAGUUUUACCCGAGGCAAUAUUACAGAGCAUUAUUCAAAAAAAUUCGUUAUUUCUAAUGCAUAUGUAGAAUUUUUGAAGGAAUUUAUUCAAAAUUUUACAACUCCGCUUCCUUGGAAACCUGAAGAUUAUAUUAUUUUAACAAAUGGCUUAUGUGGAUCUGCAUGUGCAAUGAUCGUAGAACAUGCUGUUGAACUUAAUAAUGUAUCUACAAUAUCAAUUGGUGGAAUUGCAAGUAUUCCUUUAUUAUCGUGUACCUCAUUUCCUGGUGGAUUUGUUACUGAUUCAGAUGAGAUAUUGGAUUCCCUAAAUAUAUUAGGGAUACAAAAUAAUACUUUGAUGCCUAAGAAUUUUCCUUUAACAGGAAUAAGACUUACUCUUCUUUAUACUGAAACUUAUAGUAAUAGAAAACCUGUUAAGUUAUUAGAGUACGAAUUUAGACCAGCUGACUUUAGAUUAUUUUAUGAUGAAAAAAAUAUUAAAAACAUUUCUAUUUUAUGGUCACAAGCUGCGGCCUUCAUUGGAAAAAAAAAGUAA